AUGAGUUUGACAGCUCCCGCGUCCCGUGGUUCGUUGGAAGAAAGCGAGAAAUAAAAUCGAUCAGCAAAGAUGCGGCUCAGAAGAGAUUCUUAACGCGUUUCCGUAUGCAUCUACGCGAGACCGUCUAAUAUGGCAGAAUGGUUGGGCAUAGAAUCGUCACGCUGAUACUCUUCCUGACAGCAUGGCAGGAAGCAGUGACUUUGGUGCCAGUGCGUUUUGUCGAUGUAGACAUUGGUCAGAAUUUGACUUUAGCUUGUGCAGAAGAAGAUGCACUACCACAGCCAGGCGAAUCUGUUGGAGUGAUGUGGAUAAGGGAGGGACGUGAGGAUGGACAAAUUGAACGACUAAAGGUUGAGCCUAAUGGAGCUCUGGAACUUGUCAAUGUUAGUGCAGAUGAUGCUGGGAACUAUUCAUGCACCUUAGACGAUGAUCACGAUGCUGUCAAGACUAGAAUUAAUGUACAAGUUAGAACUCCUCCUCCACCUUUACAAAAUGUAUGGGUAAAACCAUCCACAAUAUUGGCAAAUAUUCUUUGGGAAGUAGCUGGCACAGGUGGUUAUCCUAUCAUAGAUUUCACUGCCGAAUAUCGUCUUAAACCGAGUAUGGGUGAAGAACCAGAAGACUGGAAGCCUAUUGUUCCAACACAUAUUCCUCCAAAUUCUAGGCAAAUUGAUGUUUAUCACUUGGUGCCAAAUACAACAUAUUCUUUCCGAGUGUGGGCAACAAAUCAGCUAGGAAAAGGAGAGAUCGUUGAGGUUGAAGGUCAUACGCACCACAGUAUUGAAGAAUUAGAACUUGCAAGACAUCUCUUGUCAGGUGUAGAAAAUUUUGACACUCGUGUCUGGGUGGCAGCAGUAGGCAUAGUUAUGGGUACACUUAUGAUUCUUGGUAUAGGUACUUGUUACCUCCUCUAUCGUGAGUGCAAAGUACCCUCGCAGCUGGAGGAGCAGGAAGUGAUUGAGCUUGUUCCCAACAUCAUUCUGAAUCCAGGAUUUUUCGACGAAAGAACAGAACACAUUCCACAAGACGAAAAUUUCAACAACCAAACCACUACGCGUCUGAACAAUAACAGCGUUGUGCAACCUAGACGACUAUAGUAACUAAAUCCUUAGGUUUUUGUGGCUUUUUUUAUUAACAAGUGGCUUGAGCACAAUUUAUAUGUGUCACCUUAAAUGUAAGUAUCAUGAGAUUUCAAGAAAAAACAAAAAGAAAAAAGAAACAAGGCCUCGAAUACCGUGAAACGUUGCCGGCACUCAGAAAACCGGAAACUAAGAUCUGUUUGUGUUUGUACUCAGAAAGUUCAGGAACUGAAAUCGUAUGCUCUGAGUGUUCCAAAGGAAGCUAAAUUUUUUCACUUACAAUACAAUGUAAAGUGUUCAAAGCAUAUGUAAGACUCUGCUAGGUUUUGUGAAACGGAGUAGCACAUUUAUAAGGAAGUUUACCAGGAUGUUCGAACACAGAAAUUCGAUAUAUUAUUGCUCACUAAUCGAGCUUAAAGUAAUGAACUCCUGUAAGCCAAAAAAGAAUAUUCUUAGUAAGACUGUAAUUCUAAGAACAAACAAAACCAAAAUUUUUCUGGGGAAACCGAAGUCGCGUGACAUUCGUGAUAACUGCAAACAUGCGUUUAUCUUACAUUCUGCAUGAAUGAAACGUCUUUUGUACGCAAUUAUUUUUAACCGUUAUCACCGAGAAUAAACGAAAUUUUAAUGGACACUGUCAUGCAGAAAGUAAGAUUUUUGUCAACAAUACACAUCAUCCGAUUGAAUAGAUUUCGUCAGGUCCGACAAGAAGGCUUGCUUACUGCCGUUUUAAGGUGUGCAGAAGUCGUUGGUAAAAAAGUUCCUUUUCGUGUCUUUCUAAAGUGUAUUGUUUUUUUUUUUAUUUAUUUAUUACUGUAAGAG